AUGGGGAAUUUCGGAUUUCUAAUGAUUUCGACUUUUUUGGUUCUGAUUGCAACUCUCCUCCCUUAUUCUUCGGCUUCCACCACUCGUCGAUUUCAUUUUAAUGUCGAAUGGAAGAAGGUAACUCGAUUGUGCCACACGAAACAACUUUUAACGGUGAACGGACAAUAUCCGGGGCCAGCGGUGGUGGUUCACGAAGGUGACACCGUAGAGAUCAAAGUGACUAACCGGAUUGCUCAAAAUACAACAAUCCACUGGCAUGGGUUAAGGCAAUACCGUACCGGUUGGGCCGAUGGACCGGCUUACAUAACGCAGUGUCCAAUAAGAUCGAAACAAUCAUACACAUAUCGGUUCAAAGUGGAAGACCAAAGAGGCACACUCCUUUGGCAUGCUCAUCACUCAUGGCAACGAGCCUCCGUCUACGGCACCUUCAUCAUCUAUCCCCGGCAGCCUUACCCCUUCUCCGGCGGCCACAUUCAAUCCGAAAUUCCCAUUAUACUCGGUACAAAAUAA